AUGACCAACAUGAUGACUUCGCGCGUGCUCUCGCGCUUCCUUCCCGUGGCCGAGGGCGAUGUCUCCGUCUUCGAAACACUGCGGAACGAGCCACAUCGACACCUAGACGUAGAAUCCCAAAGAGCACCUACAUCCGACGGCGCCUUUCGCGACUACGAUGAUGACCCAGAACACAUGUUCUUCGAGGGUGCAAACGAUGAUGUCCACCUCAGCCCCGACGCACGAGCUUCCAUGCAAUCCUCCCCCACCUUAGACCGCAUCCGACCGAAGUGGCUAGAAGAUACGAGGAACAGACGGAUAGAAGAGGAUGAGGAUGUCCCGGAUUCUUUGUUGCUCGACCCAAACACCCAUCCGCCGAGCAGUCGAGCUUCCUCUCGCCCUACAAAAAAUCUCGCACAAGCAAGAGUUGAGGCUCAGUGGAAGGCUGCGCAAGACCAGCACGGCUUGCAUUCCACCCCCACAGCACGGCAAAUGAUAUCGAUGGCUCCUCGUUCUACGCCCGACUAUGCUCCUCCACUGCAAGUCGACCCUCAAGCACAGGCCAUGUGGAUGUACACCAACGCCAACAACCUGGACGCUUUCUUACUGGAAGUGUAUCAGUACUACGUCGAGCAUGGCGUCUGGUCGAUCUUGCUCUCCCGCACAAUCAGUCUCCUGACGGAGUUGUUUGUCUUCACUUUCGCCAUGUUCUUGACCACCUGCAUCGACUAUUCGAAAAUCCCCAGCAGCAAGUCUACCGCAGAAGUGACGAUACCGAAAUGCAUGUCUCAGGCCUCCUGGCUGAAGAACGCGGCCUUGUUCUUCUUCGUCAUGUACUGGCUGAGCCGCCUGGUCCAGUUCGCCUCAUCCACACGCAGGCUAUUCCACAUGCACAACUUCUUUCUACACGUUCUCGGCAUCAGCGAUCAAGACAUGCAGACGGUAUCCUGGGUGCGUGUGGUGGAAGGCCUCGUGAAGGUGCAACAUGCCAACAUCGCCACCGCCGAUCCUCCCCCGAAAGUCAGAGAGUUCUUGAAAUACAAUCAACCCCAGCAACGCAUCAAUGCAGAGAGUGUUGCGAACAGGCUGAUGCGCAAAGACAACUACUACGUUGCCAUGUACAACAAGGACAUCUUCGACUUCACCCUUCCUCUACCAUUCGUGGGCAGCCGGCAAUUCUAUUCCAAAAGCCUGGAAUGGUGCAUCGAUUUCUGCCUGACCAACUUCAUCUUCGAUGAGCAGGGCAGCAUUCGCCCCUUCUGUCUGGACGUCAAGAACCGCCGAGUGCUCAUCGAUGCUUUGCGUAGGCGACUGCAUUUCGCCGCGCUGACCAGCGUCCUCAUCGCACCCUUCAACAUCCUUCGCUUCUGCAUCCUGUACUUCUUCCGCUACUACACCGAGUUUACCAAAAACUACUCUCGCAUCAGCGCUCGCAGCUUUACCCCUUUCGCCGAGUGGAAGAUUCGCGAAUUCAAUGAAUUGGAGCACCUCUUUCAGCGCCGUCUCCGGCAAGCUUAUCCAUUCGCGAACGACUAUCUCAAACAGUUCCCCAAAGACAAGACCGAUCAAGCUUGUCGAUUCGUUGCUUUGGUCAGCGGCGCCAUCGCUGCCGUACUGACUCUUCUCUCCCUCUGGGAUCCCGAACUCUUUCUCGGUUUCGAGGUCACGCCCGGCCGUACAGCCUUCUUCUGGCUCACCAUCAUGAUCGGCGUCUUCACCGCGGCAAACGGCGCCCUGCCGGAUGAGAACGAAGUCCAUGACCCCGUCCUGCACCUUAAAGAGGUGCUCAUGUUCACGCACUACAUGCCCGCACACUGGAAGAACCGGCUGCACAGCAACGAAGUCCGCGCCGAAUUCUCCGCCAUGUACCAGAUGAAAGUCCUCAUUUUCGUCGAGGAGAUUCUCAGCCUAAUCGUCGCGCCGUGGAUCCUCCUGCGCAACGCGACCACGCGCUGCGAGCGCAUCAUCGACUUCUUCCGCGAGCAGACGGUGCACGUCAACGGCAUCGGCUACCAGUGCAACUUCGCGGUCUUUGGCUUCAAAAAGGAUUUGAAUGCCGAGGAUCCGACGGCGGUGCUGAAUGAGCCGGAUGGACUGCGGGACGAUUACUACGGGCUGAAAGACGACAAGAUGGCGGCGUCGGUGCAGAAUUUCAUGCAGUACUACAGCCACUUCUCACACCGGCAGGGCGUGCGUAGACCGCAGGGUUGGCAUCCGCCGCCUGCCUGGCCGCCGAUGCUGGCUGCUGAGGAUGCCGGUGAGGAUCCGCAGGGAGGGAAAGUGGGCGAACGAUCGACGAUUCAGCACACUGGCUCUGACCGAAAACAUGGCGCUCGAGCCGCAGAGCGCACGGCACCGUCCACGAUGCGAUCUCCCACGCGGCAGCGAGGCGCCGGCGGCAGUGCUGGCAAGGGCAUGACGGAGAGCAGACUGAUGGCGCAGGACAGUGAGCUCGACGACUUCGCCAAGGACGCUGGGCCAGAUCGAUUCGACAGUGAUCCCGACGAGGGCGCUGAUGAGGGCAAUAUCACGGAUAGGAAUGCGGGCGUUUUGGGCAUGUUGUAUCAGUUUUCCAAGGCGCAGACGGAGAAGGGGACGGGGAUCAAUAUCUGA